AUGCCAAGGGACUUGUGUUUAGCAGAUCCGAGUUUCGACGUACCAGACGCAAUUGAUCUGCUCAUCGGGUCAGGAUUGUAUUGGAAGAUACUUUGCGGGGCACCGAGGAACAGUGUAAGAGACCAGCCUGCAUUACAGAAUACGAAGCUUGGUUGGAUCAUCGGCGGAGAAAUGUGUGAAGCCGAACAUCAUUCAUCGAAAAUGUGCUUAACGAUAACAACUGACAUGCUACAUCAACAAUUGGAACGUUUCUGGGCUCAAGAGGAGAUUACCGAAACACAAUUACAGUCAGUGGAAGAGAAAACCUGCGAAAGGCAAUUCAUCGAUACCUUCAAGCGAGAUGCAAUUAGAAGAUUUGUCGUAAGAUUACCGACUCGAGCAGACAUACAGUUGGGGGAAUCAAUGGAACUAGCUAUGAAGCGUCUGAUGUCCCUGGAAAGGCGUUUCAAGAAGAACCCGGAUUUGAAAGAAGAGUAUGUCAAGUUUAUGAAGGACUACAUAGAACAGAAGCAUAUGUCAUUGGUUUCGAACAGCAAGAAUUAA